GUUAACGUAUGCUCAGUGGAUAGGAUAAAAAUGCAAGUAUUAUGCAGAACAUUUUCUAGUGUACUGUAUGUAGCCUACUGUUUUUUAGGCUGAGUGGUGCGCAUGCCCCAUGUCAUAGUAAAGGAAAAGCAUAAUGAAUCCUCUCUCUCAUUGACCACAGUGCGCAUGGUCAUUGCUUUUGUGUCAUUUAUGUCCGUCUGAGCAAGAUCAGCUGCACUUCAUGUAUUGCAGAAAUAAGUUUUACGGCGUUGAAGUAGGCUUUUUUCAAAGGAAUCAUCGGAUAAGGAAACAGAAUAUGUCGGUAAACAAAGCUAAGAAAGUAAAAAUGGCUACCAAAUCAUGCCCUGAGUGCGACCAACAGAUUCCAGUUGCUUGCAAGUCUUGUCCCUGUGGCUAUGUAUUCAUUAGUCGAAAGCUUCUUAAUGCCAAACUGAAUGAGAGAUCACCACCAGCAAUAGACAAGUUGGAUGCAAAGAGGAGGAGAACUGAAAGAAUUCGUAGAGAGAAGAUCAACUCUCCGUCAACCAAUGACAUGGAGAACAGAAGGCGAUGCCGCUCCAACAGCCAAUCGGAUCAAAUCCGGAGAGGGCGGGGCAGGCCAAAGACAGUUGGGCUGAAGAAGCAGGAGGAGGAGAAAGAAAAAUUUGAGAAAGAAGUUGAUAUCUAUGCCAACCUCUCAGAUGAGAAAGCAUUUGUGUUUUCGGUGGCAUUGGCUGAGAUCAACCGAAAGAUCCUGGGCCAAAGACUGAUCCUAUAGACAGACCAGAUGGUUGCUUUGAGGGAUUGACAUGUGAAACCUAAGAUUGUUACUGUGGAGAGACCCAUGGAUGACCACCACAGUAUGUCUAACAGGGUAUGAACUCUGACCCAAAGAACUCCCUGCCGGAUUGGUCAAAGCCUUGGGAAAAUGGAGAUGUUGGGGAACAUUGAGAAGCAGGCGCCUGAUCUGCUCAAGAGGAAAUGUUGGAACCAACUUUUAUCUUUAGAGAGUAGCUUAUGGAAUUGGAGGGGGUAGGACAUCUGAAUAUUUAUCUUUUAAUCAGAUUUUAUAUUAUAUAUAUUAGAUGAUAUGGUAUAGGUAUAGGAUUCAUCACCUUGGCAACCAAGAAAGCUGUCAGUAGCAAAUGGAAUACAUUUCUAUUAAAAAAGGGCACAAAUGUGUUGAAGCAUGGAGGGCCAUCCUAGCAUUGUUACUGGCUUCUAUAACGUUAUUGGCUUGUAGUGCUAGUAAACAUUGUUUAUUUAAGUCUAGAUGCCAUUGGAACAUAAUGUUCAAUAUAUUUUGUAUCAUGCUUAGGACUUUGGGAGAAGGCCUUGUACAUUUAUAUUUAUAAUGCUUGUGUACCAUCUUAAUUUAAAUGCAUAUUGUUUUGUCUUUUGUUUCAUUAUUGGUGACAUUAUAUUAAAUAUGUCAUAUUUGCUUUGGACACCUGUAAUUUAAAUGUCAAAGGCAAAUCCUAUUUAAUGUGACUUAUUUUUGCCAUUAAAAGAGAUGAAUCACAACCA